AUGAACCCUUCCGAGUCGCGCCAGUGGACCGAGUCGCGCCAGUGGGCCGAGCGCUCCAAGUGGCUCAAGCGGAACCAGAAGGUGACCCCUCAGCCUUUGAAGCCGGUCGAGCGCCGCCCCUCCCUGGCCUCGAACACGAGCUCGACCUCCCAGUCCGACAGCAUGGAUAUCCCCGGCAGCCAGCAGCGCCGCAUGAGCGAGAGCUCCAUGGCCUCGUCCCAGGGCUCCAGCAUGGGCACGUCCCCGACGACCGAGCUCAAGAACAUGAUGAGCGGCAUGAAGAAUGCGAGCUCGGGCCAGCAGCAAAUGAACCCCCUCCAGCCGCCUCGUGGGUCGCGCUUCUCCAACUCGGACAUGCACAUGUCCUUUUGA